AUGGCAAGCUACCUAGCCUCGUACAUCCCCGCCAUCAAAUCGAUCCUCCCACAGGCGUCGCCAUCGGUCGCUUCACUGCCGAACAUUGGCGAUGCGGCUCCAGCACCAGUUGGCUCGGUAGACCUGAGACGCGGUAAUGGCACACCUACCCUCGUGGCCUUCGUGCGGCACUGCGGCUGUCCAUUCGCAGAGAAAGAGAUACAAUUGCUAGGAGCCGAGAGUCGCAAGCACGAGAAGCUGCAUGUGGUAAUUGUACAACACAGCGACCAAGCCACCACAAACCAAUGGUUUGAAGAUGUUGGUGGCAACAAAGCAUUCCCAGACUCGAAUCGCUAUACCCUCGUCACAGAUCCCGAACGCAAGAGCUAUGCAGCAUGGGGUGUUGGGUCACUAGGUUGGACCGGCAUGGUCAAUGGCGAUAUCAUGGGAGCCUUGAAGUCGCUGAAAGAGUCGGAUGGCAUUGAUAUGAGACCUACGGGUAUAGGAGCAUACAGAUGGCAGAAUAGUGGGNGGUUCGCAAUCGACGGUGAAGGCAAGAUCAGGUGGAGGAAGAUCGCUAAAGAUUCUUCUGAUGUUUGUGAUUAUGCUGAGGCGGCCAAUACCAUUGUAAACAGCAAGACUUCUGGACAGACACAGAGUCGUCUGUAG